AUGGAGAAGACUGCCUUUGCUGCUUUUUUGAGACGGCGUUUGUUGAAAAAAGAUGGCACCCCAAAGAGUGCAGUUGGAUCGUCUACUGUGCUCCUUGGGCUUUGCAGGGUAUGUGAGUUCGUUCAAUCUGCAGAGAGGUGGGUGGUAGGCAAUGGAUCCUCAAUACGGUUAUGGUAUGAUACAUGGGUGGGGGAUCAUAGUGUUGAAGAACUGUUGAAGCCUAACUGGAUUCCCUCUAACUUAACUGCAACAGUUUCUGAAUUUUUAGAAGGGGAUCAAUGGGACUUCCCUGCUGCGGCAUCUUCGACAAUCCAAGCAGCGUUUGAAAGGAUCAAGGCACUGGGCAUCAAAGCGACAACCAGAGAGGAUCUUUGGAAAUGGGCACAUUGUAAAACGGGGAGCUUUACGGUGAAAUCUGCUUAG